CCGGUUUUCUCUCAGCCCCACUUCCCUGUCGGCUCAGAGCGGAGGAAGCAGAGCGGACACACACACACACACAUUGAUCUCUCACCUGACUGCCACUCAGGAGCAACAGGAUGCUGUACACGGAGUUACUGCGGCUGUGGGACGAGGCGGUGCAGGCGGUGGACGCCAAGGACUGGGAAGGAUCUCUGGCUAAACUGGAUCAGAUCAGUGAACACUCGUCUCGCACUCUGUUUAAUGCUGCAUCAGCUCACCUGGCUCUGGGAGAGCUGGAACUGGCCAUGAAGGCUUUAGACCUCACCAUUUCCAAGGAUCAACGUCUGGCAGUGGGUUUCUUCCAGAGAGCAGCUGUGAUGAUGCAGAUUGACAGGUUGGAAGAGGCUCUGUCGGACUGCAUCUGGGCACAGAAACACAUGAGAGGAAACAUGGUCAUCGACUACAGACAGCUUGGACUACGAUUCAAACUGUUUAGCUGGCAGGUGUUGUAUAAUGCCGCAGCUGUCUACUGUCGGAUGGGCCAGUGGGAGCAGUCGAGGGAGGUGCUGCUGUCAGCAUCCCAGGAGAGAGGGGGAGUUCGAGGGGGGAACAUAGAGGCGGCUCUGGACAGCGUCAUGAGGGAGGAGGUCCUGGCUCCUCUGCUGGUGCCGGAGGGGGUGGUGUUUCGUCCCAGGAAACAGGAAGUGGAGCAGCUGCAGCAAAGAGACUUCUUGGGCAAAUCAAAGGUGAUUUCUUCCAUGAUUCCCAAUGAUGACUUUGGAGGCUUUGAACCUUUAAGGAUGCAGAAACCUGGUUUCUAUGAACCCAAAGUGGACGGACCUCAGGAUUCUCGGUACAUGCGUCUGCGGACCCCUUACAUGGCUCGGGGCCCCGGACAGCUGACUGUGCCAGGAGGGGCCAUGGUGUUUUUAUUCGCAGAGGAGGACAGGGACGGGAUGGCGACCGUCAUUUAUGACGGACAGAGAGGACUUCUGCCCGUGUCCCUGCUUGAUCCUGCAGUUGUCAAGUCAUCCAAAGGCAAAAUGGAAAAGUUGCAGAAAGUUCCCAGUGGGAUCCCUCUCCCACCUGGACUGAAACCACCCACUCGCCCAAAGGCCCAGCCCAGCUCUGCAGCUCCUCCUCGGGACACUCCACCUCCAUCCUACAUCACCGCCACCCACGCACCGCUGCCAGCCUCCGAGCCUCCCAGGUACACAGCCAACGCAGCCAGCGACCAGCAUGCAGACUCAGCUCAGGACGCAGACGCGGGAUCUGUGGUGGUGAAAGUCCAUUACACGUACACUGUGGCUCUGUCCGUCCCUCUGGACACACCGUACAGCGAACUGAAGGAGAGGAUUGCGCAGAAAUUGGGCCAGCCAGCAUCUCAGCUGCGCCUCAGACAUAAACUGCACGGCUCCCGGGCGCUCAUACCUCUGGGUGGGGAGGAGGAGCCUGGCCGCACCAUGCAGGAGGUGGCUGAGGCCGGCAGGGCAACCCUGUGGUGCCAGACAGAAGACCCACUGGCCAACCGUUCCAUCCUGUACCAGAUGGUGGCGCUGUAUGACUAUGCUGCCCAGGGCCCGGAGGACCUGGAGUUCAGCGAGGGAGACACCAUCGACAUCCUGGGUGACGUUAAUGAGGAGUGGCUGGAGGGACACUGUGCAGGAAACAUCGGCAUCUUCCCCAGCUGCUUCGCCUACCAAGAGAACAUCGCUGAGAGCCUUGACAGCCUGUCAUAAACACAGACGUGUUACAGUCAUCUCUGAUAAACCUGUUGACCUGUGACGGUGCCUGUUUACAACCAAGUAACACCUCCAUAGGGACAAACAGUGAGCUCAGGAUUCACUCUAUCAUGCUUCAUAUAUCUUUCUUGUUUGUUAUCGCUGUAUAGCUGCUACAGGGACUCAGAGAAUAUCUGUGGUACUGAAGAGUAUGUUUAUAUUAAACCUGCUGUGCUUCUUUUUCUGUUAGUUAUAUUCCUGUUGGCUCCUAAUAUUCAAAUGAGAGUUCAUACUGACAUUAUUGAACGUCAUUAUGUUAUUAAUCCAACUAAACGAUCUUGCAAUAUUAUUUUCAGGUUUACAAUGAUCGUCAAAGUUAGUUGCAGUUGCCCUAUAGUGCCACAGGAAACACUUUUGUACUGUAUCCAGAUAUUAAAAUCUGUCCUUAAACCUCUGUGUGUCCUUAGCUGAAUUAAAUGAUGUAAUGACGAUUGAAGCGAUGAGGUAGUAGUGAAGUAGUGGUUUACUUUUUGGUAGAGUAGUUCAGUGAAAAAUGAUCUUGUGUAUAAUCUUGAUAAAAACAGUUUGUGAAAUGUGA